AUGCUUCUGGCCACGGUCCUUACUUCUGCGCUGCUCCUGUGCUCGGUUGCCGGCCAUGGGUGUCCAACGUUUUUGGGCAUCAGGGACAUCAAUUACCUUAUCGACAAGAUGCAGGAAGAUCUGUCUUCGAAUUGCAACUGCAGAGCUAAUGUGACCAGUUGUCUCUGUCUGCCCAUUCCUUCUGACAACUGCACCAGACCAUGCUUCAAGGAGGGACUGUCUCAGAUGACCAACACCACAGUGCAAACAAGAUACUCGCUGAUUUUGAGUCGGGUGAAAAAAUCGGUUCAAGUACUAGAGAACAAGAAGUGUCCAUAUUUCUCCUGUGAACAGCCAUGCAACCAAACCGUGGCAGGCAACGUGCUGACAUUUCUGAAGAGCCUCCUGGAAGUUUUCCAGAAAGAAAAGAUGAGAGGAAUGGGAGGCAAAAUAUGAAGAUGAAAUAUUAUUUAUUCUAUUUAUUCACUUUAAAAAGUUUUCUCUUUAAGUUGCUACAAUAAAAAAAUCCAGUAAGCUAAGUCAAAAUCAGUUGCAAUCAUUUGUUUAAAAUUAUGUAUCUUUAUUUUGAAACAAAUAUAUAUGGGGGGAAACAACAUGAGCUGGUCCCUAGGCAAUUAUUCAUUUCUUGCUGCUCAGAGCAAAGAAAGCUACAAGCGUUGUGAAGGGGAAAAAUAGAUCAGAGACUCCUGUAGUGGUAAGAGUUCUGAUGCUGAAUACAGCCCUCAGGCUCACAGGCUGUGGCUGGGGCUGCAGGGGGCUGCAGGGAGCAGUUACUAAGGGUGUCUGUGGGGACCAUCUGAGGGUUGCCGCUAGGGGAGGCUGAAGGCAU